CUGAGAUGCAGGCAGAGGUGGAUGGAGAAGGAGGGAUCUGCUGAGCUGUUGGGGGAAACUUCUUUUAAUUGCUACAGAUUUGUUUGCUCUGAAGCCACUUCAUACAUGAAGGUAACAAGGAAAACCCCGUAAGAUGCUCCAUUUUGUUCAUCCUGAACAACUGGAGAAUUCAGAGAAAUAGAAGAGAAUGAAGUCUGUUUAAUGGAGAAUAACUCAUAGCUAAAAGUCUGCAAUUGCGCCUGGAAAAAAAGGAAAUGCAACACCCACACUUGGGACUGUAUUUUUCUAUGCCUGCUUUCAAGAUCUUACUGGUCAAGAUGGAGAAAGGAUUAGUGCACUAAAGCACUAGACUUUAUUACCCACCCUUUUUCCUGGAUGAACGAACGAAACAUUCAAAAUCAUAUGAGUGUUUUCUUUGUCCUGUGCUUGAACCAAAAGCCAAUCUUUACUCGUGAUCCAUAAAACACUGAACCUCACCCAGGAAGUGUGAAGAAGGGAGUUUCAAAAUGCUACAUGGCACCUUACUGCAACCUUGUCUCCCAUCUCAGUCCAACUCUGCUGGAAAUAGCAAAGCAACUCAAAAUCCACACAUCUUUAAGAAGCCCAUGGCUGACUCUGUAGAGGUCUACAACUGCUUGGGAAGUCUGCAAGAAAAGGAGAAAGCAAGCCAUCCCAGCUAUCUGCAAAUUGGAACAAAUCACCCUGCAGAUCAUAAAGAGAAAGAAAUGAAUGAAUCCCUGGGAGAGAAAUCCUGGAAGGCCAAGAGAGACCUGCCACUACCCCUCCACAGAGACAACAUUGGGUUGACAUCAGGAGACGGGGGCCCUGUGACAAGAAACUCUCCACGGCCUGCUUCCAGCUUGCUCCAUUCUGGGUUUAGCAAACCAGGUGACCAAGGUCAAGAAUGGAAGGUGGUGAAAGUGAAACGAGUUCUUAUUUCUCCUGUUGGUGAGCCCAGGAAAGCAAAUAUUUCAAGAAGUGCAAGUCUCUCUGAAAAAGAGCUGAAGGAAGCCAAAGCUAGGAGCCAGAGAAUUGCUGCCCAGCUGACCACCCCACCCAACCCAAACUCCAAAGGGGUCCUCCUGUUUCACAGGCGCAAGCAGAGAGUGAACGCAUUCACCUUAGAAACUCCAAAAGCCACCAGCCAAGAAGAAGUAGCUGCUGAUUCCAUCUGUGGAGCUGUUACUCAGCACCACAGCAUUCCAAGCUAUGGAAAGGAGUCCCAUUGGAAGCAGAUCUUAAGAGAUAACCAAGGUCUGAAAGAAAAAUUACCUGGCACCAAGGAUUCUGGAUUUCAGGGGCAAAGGGGCACCAUGGAAAACUUAUCUUCAGUAGAAGCUCUAGAUAAUAUGCAGGGCCCUCAAAGGAAUAAGAUUAAAAGUGAGGAGAAUCUUUCCACUAUGAACAUAACAUUAUCUGCUGAGGAGACUCCAGCUGAAGGGUUUCAGCAAAUCCCUCUCAGUGUCUACCUAAAAGAGACUACAGGCAUGGCCUCAACCAAUGGAGUGCAUGAGCUUAUCACCAAUGAGUUUGAAAAAGCAGCUGAUAACCAACAAGCCCCAGUCAUUGACAAUAUAGAAAACAUCCCACCUAUUGUUGAUGACUUUCUUGUGCCUGUCACUGACACUGAGAAUAACAGUACCAGUCUUGAAAAAGAUCCAUACGUACUACACACAGACAGGGAAAAUAAUAUUCUUGAAAAAGAGCCACAUUUACCAGUUAUCACCAGUGAUAAUAACAGCAGUAUCUUUGUAGAAGAGCCAUAUGUACCUGUUAUUGACAGGGAGAAUAAUGUCAUUCUUGAUAAGGUGGUGAGUGAACCAGUUAUUGACAGGAAAGAGAAUGGUGAGAUUCUUUGCAAAGAGCAAAAUACAGCGAUGGUUGAAAAUGUCAAUGUUCUUCCUACUGCUGACAUUGAGAAGCCCAGUCUAGUCACUGACCUGCAGUCUAGUGAAACCACAACUCACAUUAAUAAACAGUACUGUGAAGUACGCUUGACUUUGUCUAAACCAAAAUCUGUGAAGAACCGAACUGCAAGACCAUUUGGGACACAGUCUUUAGUGGCAGCCCACACACCAGAAGAGAAGAGCCCUGUGGUAGAGCUUCCGCCACCACCUACAUAUGCAGAAGCCUUUUCCAGCCCUCCUCCAGUAACAAGGGUCAGGUCACCUCCAGCCUACUCAGCACUGUAUCCUAGUGAAGAACAGAAAGUCCCUGUUCCACAAGACAUUAAGUAUGAAGACAGCAGGCCAGGACCUCUGCCAGGAGAGGAUAGAGAACCAACUAAAACAGGCAUUCUGGAGGAGUUUGUGGCCCGCAGAGCAAACAAAAAGUCCAUGUUCACCUUUGUUGAGAAGCCCAAAGUGGCUCCUAAUCCAGACCUUUUGCACUUAGUCCAGAGAGCAGACAGUAGGAAAAAACAGAAGGGACAAGAAGGAGCAAUCGUUGAGGAUGAGCCAUUUGCUCUAGGAGCUGAGGCCUCUAACUUUCUCUUUGAAAACCGAUCAGUAGAUGGCCCAGUUCAGGCCCUUGCAGAUCAUAAUGCACCAGAGUGGUCUUCAUGUUUAAGGUCACCAAGAAUACAACCCAAGCCUAAGAUCAAGUCCAACCAAAGCCUCUCAGAGGCAAGAGGAAAGGGGGCAGAACUAUUUGCCAAGAGACAGUCCAGGAUGCAGAAGUAUAUCAUUGAGUCCCCAUCACAGCCGGAUAUAACCAGGUCACCUUCGCCUACCAUAUCACUCCCUCCUUCAUGGAAAUACGCCUCAGAAACUCAUCUCUCCCCUAUAGCCUUUCCCCAGCCUCCACCUAGAAGUCCAGCCAGGUCUCCUAAAGCUCCUUCUGUUCCACUCUACCACAGCAACAUGUCGGAGACUGAGAUCUCUAAAAAGGAGCUGGAAAUCUCCAAACAACAGCCAUACCAGCUCCAGUCUUCCUUGUUCAUCCUUUCCCCAGUCAAAGAUCCAGUGAGGUCUUUACCAAAAGCUGCACCACCACCAAAGCCUGUGGUUCCUGAACCCAGUUACAUGAGACAGGCUUCUUGCCCAACAGCUCCCUUGCCACCUUCACCCAUUUUGCAUCCACCUACCCAGUCCAGUCCAAGUACAACAUUUUCUAGUAAUUUUGGUCCCUCAGCUGGGAUUAUGCUGGCACCUCAGAACAUCAGAACAAGCGUCGAAGUGUCACCAGAACCACCUUUUGAGUAUUCUUCUAGGAUCUUGUCACCAAGAGCUAAAGGAGUCUUCCAAGCUCCAAGGCCUUCUUAUUCCACCAAGAAUGCAGGAAUUGAGCCUCAGGAAAGAAAGGCAUCCCUGCCUGCUUCCCCGACGUGGACUCCACGGCAGCUGCGACGACAGCCCAGCAGUUUAGAUGGCUGGGUCAGCCCAGCACCCAAUUCGGAGCCUGAGGAGGGGCUUCUAGAUGCCUUCCGAGCAGCCAGUGUCUUGACCCCACCUCCCCCUAUGUCUCCUUCAUGGAGUGAAAGAUCUCUGUCUCCAUUUCGUCAAGAGACAGAUCCCAAGUCCAGCCGACAGAUGCAAGUUUUGCUGGCCAGAAACAUCAUCAAUGCUGCCCGGAGGAAGAGCUCAUCUCCCAAAGCUACAGGGGCAGAGGGUUUCCGGCCCUUCACCCCUCCUGCCACUUCUGCCAAUGUGUUGUCCUCAGUUGGCAGCCCUAAGAGUGUGGGUAACCAUUCCCCAAGUCCACUGCCGUCUCCCAGGCCAAUGAGGACGGAUGGCUACAGACGCGUGUCCCUCCCUGUUUCCAUGGCACCUCCAACAAUCAGUGCAUCAUCAAACAACAGUCCCAGGUUGCUAGGCAGCCAGUCACCAUCUUACAAAAGCCCACUACAAUCCCCAAAAGCAGUGCGGAUGAAUGGGAACAAGUACUUCACACUGCCGGCUAACACUGGAGCUUCGCUUUUCAAUGCAGGGGUAUCCAAUAAUGGCCCAAGAUCAAUGGGCUCCCAUUCCAUCCCAUCUCAGUCUCCAAAACCCACAGUCAUAGAUACUCACAGGAUCUUCACAGCCCCAGUCAGUAUGAGCAGAAAAUUGUCAUGCACCAGUCCAAAGAAUGUGGGCACCUGCUCACCAACCAUCACAAGCCCCCUGCAGUCUCCCAGGGUGAGGCCACAUUCCCCAGUGAAGCGCUACACAUCCCUGUCACCCACCAACUCAGAUGUCUCCCUCGACUCUGAAGACUCUGGGAUCAAGUCACCCAGCAUUCGCAGUUUCAACAUUUGCCCUCGAGGCUGGAACGGCAGCCUCAGGCUGAAGCGAGGUAGCCUUCCUACAGAAGCACCCUGUUCCUACUAAACAUGGGACAGAGGAAGAAACUGGAAACCAGUCAUGAAAUCAGUUGACCAAAAUAUUUUUGCAGACUCCUACAGGCAGACUCCUACAGGUCCCACUAAACAUGAUGAAGCCUCUGGAGGAAGAUUAUAGGCCUGCACAGAUGUCAUAUCUUCUCCACAAAUCUGCCAUUUUUGGGAGAAGAAUGGGGUAGAACCAGUCUAUUUGUGGACAAGACUUCUUGUGCCAGACUUGCCCUAAGCAGAGAGAAAUGUGUCUGAUGUUCUUUCCUAACACAACAUCUUUCCAUAGGACUCCUCAUAGUGUCUUCCCCUGUUGCUGCAUUUGCUUGCAUAUUUGGCUCUCACAGGCUUUGAUUGAUCUAUCUCCACUGGACUGGAGCCACCAGAGACUUCCUUUCUCGAGGGAGAUUAAUACAGCUUUGACUGCUUUUGUUCUCACUCUAAAAAAUCCUGUGAGAGGAGGACAAUCAGGCAAACAGAGAGAGACACAAACACAGAGAGUCCACAGCAUAAUCCCCAGCAGACUGUCAGCAAAAGACCAGAAAGAGAGGCCUGUGCCAACCUUGUGCUUGCCUUCCAUUGCUAUUGUUACUGUUUCUCCUCUGCUCUGAUGGAGCCACAAGGGCAUUCUGUCUCCACUUCAGUUGCCUGAGAAAAUAAAUGAGCAGAGAAAAAAACCCAGAGGGCAAGAAGACCACUCAGCAGUUGUCACUGGGUGAUUUGGCAUUUCCUCCUGAUAAAAGCCUGGCUUUACAUUUAUCAGGGCAAAAUGUGUCCCAUGUAGCCCCAAAGGCUGUUUUUUUUUUAAUGGUCCCAUCCUUUUCUGAUUUCCACAGCCAACCCAUUUUCUGGCAAAACAAAUAAACUGCCUCUUCUGGAA